AUCCAAUUGUUGCCAUGCUCUCAAUAUCAGUAUGGGUGUGGUAAUCGCUCUGUGAAUUGCCUUGAAACUAGUAAAUUUGGCGCCCGGUUUCUUGUUUUUGGAUAUAAAUAAUGCGAAAUGAGUGCGUUAAUAUUUUGAAAUAAAGAGUCUGCUCACCCUAACAGGCGGUAGGAAGAUUUUGUAGUGUUGUUACAUCAGGUAUUUGUCAGUAUUAUCAAAGUUGGGAAAGGAGUGAAGCACUUGCAGGACCAUGAGUGAGCUGGAGCAGUUGCGGCAGGAGGCAGAGCAGCUGCGCAAUCAGAUCAGAGAUGCCAGGAAAGCAUGCAGCGACUCCAGCCUGUCCCAGAUUACAGCCGGUCUGGAUUCAGUUGGAAGGAUCCAGAUGAGAACGAGGCGGACACUUCGAGGCCAUUUAGCCAAAAUCUAUGCCAUGCACUGGGCUACUGAUUCUAGGUUACUAGUUAGUGCCUCACAAGAUGGCAAACUCAUUGUUUGGGACAGCUACACAACAAACAAGAUUCAUGCCAUUCCAUUAAGGUCAUCAUGGGUGAUGACUUGUGCCUACGCUCCUUCAGGAAAUUAUGUAGCCUGCGGAGGUCUGGAUAACAUCUGCUCAAUCUAUAGCCUUAAAACUCGUGAGGGCAAUGUCAGAGUCACUAGAGAGCUUCCUGGACACACAGGUUAUUUGUCGUGUUGUCGCUUUCUGGAUGAUAGUCAGAUAGUUACCAGCUCUGGAGAUACUACAUGUGCUCUGUGGGACAUUGAGACUGGUCAGCAGACCACCACAUUCACAGGGCAUAGUGGAGAUGUGAUGAGCCUGUCUCUCAGCCCAGACUCUAGGACCUUUGUGUCAGGUGCCUGUGAUGCAUCCUCAAAAUUGUGGGACAUCAGAGAUGGAAUGUGCAGACAGUCUUUCACCGGACAUGUUUCUGAUAUAAAUGCUGUCUGUUUCUUCCCAAAUGGUAAUGCGUUCACCACCGGCUCAGACGAUGCCACUUGUCGUUUGUUUGACCUUCAUGCAGACCAGGAACUGAUGAUGUAUUCGCAUGACAACAUUAUCUGCGGCAUCACCUCUGUGGCCUUCUCUAAGAGUGGCCGCCUGCUGCUUGCUGGCUAUGAUGACUUCAACUGCAAUGUAUGGGAUACUCUAAAGGGAGAGCGGGCAGGUGUUUUAGCUGGGCAUGACAACAGAGUCAGCUGUUUGGGUGUAACCAGUGAUGGCAUGGCUGUGGCCACCGGUUCUUGGGACAGCUUCCUCAGGAUAUGGAACUGACCUCACUCAGCUGGAUUUCGGGAGCCACUCAUCCACACAAUCACUGUAGUGCACCACUGCCACACAGGACCCUUCCCUCUCUAUCUCCUCCUUAUAGAUGACCUAGUUUUCUUUAUCUUCUCUCUUUCUUAGACCGCAUUAUCCCACCAACCUGCAGUCAGUCAAAAAGGUGAGGACCAACAGCGAAGAGCCUCCGCUGGCUCUCUGGCUUUUUGGCUUCACGUCUGACUCGAGGUGGGGGACAGACUGUGUUGUGUACAGUAUAUAUCCGCCAUUCUUUGUGCUUGUAUGUAGAACAUAUGCACUUCUGACAGUGUUUGGAUGUUCCGGUAUGUGGAUACUCAUGAUGAGUGUCUUAACAGUGUCCCUGUUUUCUUUUCCUGCUCGUUUUUUUUUUUUUUUUUUUUUUCCAAUAACAGUGCUUAUUGCCAGACACAGUGGCCAGUGUAAUUUUGGGAUUAGGGAUUAGGCUGCCACAGUAUUGUGGGCCCUAAGUGUUUGACCCUCAGCCUUAAUUUAGUUUGUAUCAGUAUUAGGUCUAUUCUUACAUAAAUGGUUCAGGCUCAGCUUGGUAAUGUGUAGUGAGAGAAACGCUGAUGCAGCUGAGCUCGUGUUUGCCAUCCUUUAAGACCGACAGUUAUGUUUGGCGUGUUUGUGUAUUAAACUGCAUUACAGACAGCACAGAAAGAUUUGCCAUUAGCCUGUCUGUACGUCUGCCUUUACUAUCACUAAACAUACUAUCUGAGAUUUGCUGCUUUCCAUAUUUAUUUAGCUGGAUAUGAUACGAUAGUUCCACCCACAAGUGUAAUUUGUCAUUUACUCACCCUUGUUGUUCCAAACCUUUUAGGAAAAACUACAGAACAAUUCUAAAGAAGACUGUGCUGUGUUCCAAUAAAUCACAAAGUGUAUCCAGAAACCCCUUAAAAGUGAUAUGAAAGUAUUCCAGGUGACACUACAUUCCAAGUCUUUCGAGGAUGUACAAAAGAAUGAGUCAGAAACAGAUGAAAUUUAAAUGAAUCCAGAUUGACAAUACAGGCACUGAAUCAGAACGAGCCAUUUCAUUAACACUCCAAGGAGACUUGUUGCGUAUAUGUCACAGUUAUCAGUGAGUUGCGACUUUUUUGUCUGUUAUUCACUAAAAUGUAUGUCUUCAUAAGACAUGGAGUGGUACACCUAUCGUAUGGGCUACUUUUAUAGUGAUUAACAUGUGUGGAUCCACAAAAUCAUAUGGUUUUGUAAUAACUUGAGGGUGAGCAAGUGGCAUUUUAGGCAAAACUGUUUCUGGAAAGUUUAAGGUUAAGUCUUUUGUUUUGAUCCAAACACCAAGCAUGGCCUUGAUGCUUUGUGAGACCUUGCCAUUGAUGAGCAGGCUGGAAUUGCAACCUGAUACCUAACAGGAGGCCUUGGUCACUGCCACUCUGACAUUGUCUGCUUUUCUACACACACUAUGAACACCUGCCCUUCUGAGAUGAAGACCUAGUUAGAACCGUACGCUUUUGCACUAGAAAAUAGUCACGUGAGACUGCACACACUGGUGUUCCUGCACGUAUUUGAUUUAUUAUGCUUCAGCUCUAUGACAAACAAAGCUGAAAAAAACUGUAAUGGACCACAAGCUACACUGUGCGUAUUUUGUCACAAAUGUGUGUAUUUAAAGUAUAAAGCCCUCUUGUCUAUUUCUGUAAAACAUCAAAAAAAAAGCAAGCCUUAAAAGUAAUCACGUUUCACUUGAACCAUCAGUAAUCACUUUAAAUUUGUGCCAAUCAGUGUGAAUAAAUGUACAGGCUGGUUUCGUGAGCGUAUAAAAACAUGUUUAAAGGUUAUGCUUUUCAUUGUGGUUGUUUAGUUCUAGGCAUUUUUUUCUAGGCAAGUUUUCCUCAAUACCAGAUUGCAAUCAGUAUUCUUUAUUAUUUUUCUGCGUAAUUUGAGUCGUUUAAUAUGACAUUACUGUUCAUCAGGUACAUUUCAUUUCAGUCAUGCAGUUAUUAUGAUACGAAAGGUCAUCCAUCCAAUGUGGAAGUUAUGAUCUUUCUGUUUUGAGUGUUUAGGAAAUUAAGGUACAUGAACUCUGCAUAGUGCAAUGAAGUCAGAAAGUGUUUUAGUCUCAAUUGAUUUAGUAUCCAGUUCUCCUCAAGGUAUAGUCCGUAUAUGUGUUUAAUUGACUUUGAAGGAAUGUUCCAGUCUCAAUACAGUACAAGUUCAAUACAGUCAACAAUGUACAGUACCCUUAAAAGUAAAUGAACUCGCCUUUUUUUAAUAAAUGGUGUACAGCACAUGUGUAAA